AUGGGAGGACCCUAUAUGUCAAGAAUAGCCUCAGUAGGAGGUCGACCAACAAUCCCCCUCGAUGUUCCAAUAUGCGCCGUGUUCAUCGCUCUUUUCAUCACCGGCGCCGCCUGCCACAUGACCCUCCUCCGUCGCAACCUCGCAAGAGGCCACAAAUUCAUUCCAUCGGGCGUAACAUUUGGUUUCUGCAUGUCGCGCAUUAUUGCAAACAUCAUGCGCAUCGCCUGGGCCUGUCAUCCGACGAACGUUAGAAUCGCAAUUGCAGCACAGAUCUUCGUUGCAGCGGGCGUGUUGCUGCUUUUCAUCUUGAACUUGCUAUACGCACAGCGUAUGUUCCGAGCUGUCUACCCAGCCCUAGGAUGGUCCAGACCAGUAUCGUGGGUAUUCAAAGUACUGUAUGCUCUCAUCGCUGUGACUAUUAUUAUGGUCAUCACUUGUGUUAUUCAGAGUUCGUAUACUCUCAACUCAAACACCCUUCGCAUCGAUCGUGAUAUCCAGCUCUACGGCCAGACCUACUUCUCCAUAGUCUCAUUCCUACCGCUUCCUCUUGUCUUGCUUGUCCUUCUGUCUCCAAACAGGAAGCGAAUUCAAGAGGUUGGCUCUGGUAACUGGGUCGUCAAAGUCUUCAUCGUCGGACUUGUCAGCUCGUUGCUCUGCCUCGGCGCAUCAUUCCGUGCCGGUACCUCUUGGAUGCCACCUCGCCCUGUCACCGACCCAGCCUGGUAUCACAGCAAGGCCUGCUUCUAUAUCUUUAACUUCACCAUUGAUAUCUUGGUCGUGGCUAUCUUCUUCGUCGGCCGUGUCGACCAGCGAUUCUGGGUUCCGAAUGGAAGCUCGAAAGUGCGCCACUACAGACGAGAUGAGAGUAGUGAGAAGGACGGGAUUUCUCUUCCGCUUCAUGAUGGGCGAGACGUCGAGAGCGAGGAUAGCAAUGUGUCUCAUGAGCAGACCGAAGAAACAAAAUAA